CGGUUUUAGUGCGCGUUAUCUAGCUUACUUUGCUAACAAGUUUCAAAAAAGGUGAAGUAAUGACAUACUUUCUAAAGAAAUUAAAAAGAAUGCUAAGAAUGUUUCUUAGGAGUUUCCCAGGACAUGCAGUACCCGGGAAAAUUUUAAAGUUUGGUACAGUAAACAUGUGUCUUGUAGCCCUUUGUACCAACAUUUCUGAAGAGCAAAAAGAUGAAAAAGAUGUUUCUGGAAGCAGUUUGAACCCUCUUUCUCACGAAUUCCUUAUUAAACAAGCGUGUGUGUGUAUGGUAGAGUCAGCAACCUGUGUGGUUACACAUGUGACACAAGCCAUUCUUGAUGGUCAAGAAGAAUACAUACAGGCAUUGGAGAAGCUGUUAACUUUGAUGGAAUACAAUAUUGGAGCUCCUGUUAACCCAGUAAUAGAAGAUGAUAUCUGGCAGGAUAUUAUUGCAGCCAGAUCUGAAGUUCAUGAGAAGAACAAAAAACUUAUUGACCUUCAGAGCAAGAUGAUGUCUGUGGAAAAUCUUAUCAACUCAGCCGCAGAGACUGCUUUUAAUGCUGGUGCAGAGUAUGCUGGUAUUGUAGCCAAUGAACACCUCCUUUCUGCCAAGCAACAAAUCAAGUUAUCAGAGUCAAAACUCAGGGAUCUUGAAGCUGAAGUGUUGCGACUUAAGAAACAGGCUGUUAGUGAAACUUCUAGUGUUUACCAAACAGAUAGUAACAAUAAUGUGAGUGAAUGACUGACAGAUCUUAAGGGAAAUAAUAAUUUAAAGGAAUGAGAAACUAGCUUUAUAAGUUUUUUUAGUAAAUGCAUUACUUAAGAAACAGUGCAGUGUGGCUUAGAUCAUACUUAAGAAACAGGCUGUUAGUGAAACUUCUAGUGUUUACCAAACAAAUAGUAACAAUAAUGUGAAUGAACGACAGACAGAUCUAAAGGGAAAUAAUAAUUUAAAGGAAUGAGAAACUAGCUUUAUAAGUUUUUUUAGUAAAUGCAUUACUUAAGAAACAGUGCAGUGUGGCUUAGAUCAUACUUAUGUUAAAUAAUAGUUUUUGUUUUUACAAACUGGCCAUAUCUAAGGAGAAUACGUCAAGAGAAUUGUAUAUAUAAAAUGAACAAAAUAUGUAAAAAAGAACCUGAAAGUAUAAUAAACUUGAAAUUCCUGUUGUU